UCAAACAUAAAAAAAUAUAGAUAUUUUUAAAGAAUAACAAAUAUGUAAUUUCAUUUGAAAUUUCUAAAAAGAAUGCAAGAUACAUGGCCUAAAAUGAAAAAAAUACAACAAACGUCCCAGGCAUCACCAUGGAAAUCCCAUACCACUCUUGUACUAUUUAUCGUCUAUCGCCUUGAAUAAGCCCUAAAAAUUUCCCUAUACACUCUAUAAUCUGUACCUGUGUAAGACUCCUGUCCUAAAAAUAUUCUAGUGAAAGCAGGGACCUCUUGAGUGACAGAUUGUUCAGCCAUUUUCUUAGCAGCCUCACUUUCAUUGACAGCAACAUGCUUGGCCACAUUCUUUGCAGCCUCACGUUCCUUGAUUAGCAAUGCCUUUGUUUCCUGGAACUGGAGGUGUAUCUCUUCCAAGGCAGACUUUAAUUAUACAUUUUCCUGUGACUGUAGCUGUAUCUCUUUCUCAAGAUCAGACUGCAUCAAUUGUUGCAUGCCUUUAGAAACAAACAAUACCAAAUUUCCCAAAUAGCCAUGCAGUUUACAGAUUCUAGAGAAAUAGGAACAUCAUAUAUUAGUGUCUCAUGUUUCUUUGUUAUUCUUUCUAAUAAUGUUUCCCAGACCAAGAAGUUAGGCAGGUAAAAAAAAGGACUAUCCAAACAUAUAGCUUACAAGCAGAAAAUUUAUUUGCAAGAAAAUAUCUAUAAAAAAGGAAUCUACCCUCAUUUGUUUCUCAAGCUGCAGGUGCAAAGUGAGCUCUUCAACUUCCUUUUCCAACUUGAUUUUGUCUUCUCGGAAAGCAGCAGCUUCCUUUGCAGCCUGUAGAAUUUCGUAAAGAAUUAACUUUGGGAAAUCAUGAAUAUAAUCAUUAUAAACAAUCAAAUUUUAUUUCACAAAAUAAUUAAAAAUUAAGAUUAAAUAACCCAGACACCAUGGUAUCCUAGCACCCAGUAAAGAAUAUUCAGAGAAGAGUAGAGAUAUAAAGAAAGAGGAUAACACCAUUUUUAGCUUCCGUAGUUCUAUAUGUGCAACUUUUACUUUCCAUGCACAUUAAUUCCAUAAUAUAGAAGUGAGCAAUAACAAACCAAUCGGAGAAAACAAAGUAAUCUUAUAGAUUGCAUACUACAAUCUGGAUUGGUUUAAUUUCACUACAAUAGCAUGUUAAUGAGAUAUGGUCAAUACAAAAAGCAGUCAGUUCCAUAAUCCUUCAGAAAUGAAAAUUGACAGAAAUGAGCAUCUAAUAUUUAGUGAAACCAAAGACAUAGAACGGCUAAUUGUGUACCUUGCAUAAUUUCUUAAAAACUGGAAAAAUAAUCUCAUCAUUUAUAACGACUUCAGCAUGGCUUCUUACCAAGGAGAUCCACUACAAACAUAAAUAAGUUGAA